CCGCAUGCACAUGUACAUAUAUCGCGGGCAACUCGCUAUGUUUGAACCUCUUGUUUUCUCUCUUUCUGUAUCACAACUCUUCAUUCCCAAGAACGACUAACCCACCUCGAGCUGUGCUCGAGUGAAGCUUUCCUUUUAUUUUUCUUGUCUAUACUUUCUUCGGGUCUGGUUACCACUCACUUUUUUUUUUAAUUACUAUUUCUUUUGUUUCGUUGUCGGGUCUCUCUCGCAACACAACUCUAAGUGACCGACAAUACAACCAGUUUCAGUCCCUCACCACCACCUCAAAUAUGCGCUGCCAAUCUGUCCUGUCCGCCGCGGCGCUGUUCGCCCUGGCUCGGGCCAUCCCCGUCCCCUUGAACAUCAACCUCGGAGCAUACUCGCCCGCGGUGGUGGUCGGUGAUGGUGAAAUAUCGUUUGGAGGAGCUGAAUCGGUGGAGAGGACCGUCAACACGCUCCAGGGCGCUGCCGUGAACAACGCAGGCACCGUGGCCGCGGCAGCAGUGUCGGCUCCCAUCCUCUCCGACCCCACGGCUUCGUUGCCUGUACCCGGCGUGUCCAAGGAGCUCGAUCCCCGCGAGGGCGAUGUCGAGCCCAGAGAGGAUGGACACGCAAAGCGCGACUUGGCCGGCUUUGACCGCGCCCUCACCUACGCCGAAGCUGCCCUUGUCAAGGGGCCCAAGAUUCAGCUGGGAACCGGUGUCGAGGGCUCGGGCGUCGGCAUCAUAAUCGACAACCAGCCUUCUGUUGCGACAACUCGGGCGACCAGAGGCAUUGUCGCGGCUUGAAAGGAGCAGCUUGGGAUGGUGAAAAACGUAUUUCCUAUGGGGUGUAUAUCAUGAGGUUCUUGCAAAUAUGGGUUGUUUUGUGCUUUUAGGUAUAUACGGGCAAGCAUUAUCUGGAGUUAUUGGUGUUACUAAGUAGUCAAGGUCAAGACUUUGCCACUUCCUC